ACACUAGUUAAAAACAUUACGACUCUUUUGGAGGCUGAUUCAAAAUGGAGUAGAGCUCACAGGUACGAAUCCAACAAAUAGCUUUAUACUCAUCUUUUAAUAAUUUUUACUUUAACAGGUUGUUGAUCAUUAGAAAACAAGUAACCCCUGCAAAAUGACAGAAGAAAAGAAGUCAGGCUCUUUAGGUUUCUUUUCGAGCUACGACGAUUUAAGCGACAGCAGCGAUGGCAGCGACUCCGACGAGGAGGGGGAAAGUCGGAAGAAGAAGCCGGGGACUGACGCUCGGGGGAGCGGAGCUCAGUCCUCCCAACAAGGGACCAAACGAGCCGCCGGUGGAGCCCCGUUACCUAAACCUGACGAGCUGUUCGGCUCCGUGUCCAAGCCUGCCUUUCUCUACAACCCGCUGAACAAGGAGAUAGACUGGGAGAGUCUCACGGUCAAAGCUCCCGAAGAGCCUGCCAGAGAGUUUAAGCCAUGGAAGACAAACGCUGUACCCCCUCCUGAGAGCUACACUUCAGAGCCAGAGAAGAAGAAGGGACCUCCCCCAGGCAUGGAUAUGGCUAUAAAGUGGUCCAAUGUGUACGAGGAUAAUGGAGAAGAUGCACCGCAGCCCUUCACUGGCAACGCCCGGUUCUUACCAGGAGACGAGGAACCCUCUGAAUCAGAUGAGGAAUCAGAGAAGCAAGACCUGUCUUCCAAGAAACGUCGAGUGGAGACCUUCAAGCAAAAGGAGAAGAGGAAGAGGGACAUGGGACAAGCGACUUCUGACAAGAACUUCGUAGAGGAGGAGAAAAGGAUCCUCAGGCAAAAUGAUGAUUGAGGCCUAAACUCUCCUGCAACAAGGAAUCUGUUUCUAAUUUAAACAUUUUAUGUCAGCCGACAACGCUCAAAAAUAUUAGCACAGUGGUCAAGUAGGCGGUAUGCUGUAAACAUAAACAGGCGUUUUACCUAAUAUGUUGAUCAUUUGCAAUAUUAUAAUAUUUGUUUUGUUUUCAAAGGACUGUCGGCACACCAAAAAGUAUAGUAUAUAACAGUCCCACUGUAGAACUUUUUAAACUGAGAUUCUGGUAAAUCUCUUGGGACUAUUUUCCUAAAUUAAAGAGAAAUUCAGGUGUUUUCUGGUCUAGCUUGUGUUCUCAUAGUUUUGGUCAUCACCCCUCUUAGUUUUUACCCUCCAGCUCUCUUCCAAGGACACGGGGAUGAGGGAUAUCACAAAACACAGCUUUACAACGUGUACUGGGCAUUACCAAACAAGUGAUUAGACGGGUUUGAUCUCAGUUUGGCAUCACCUUUGCUUUACUUCCGAACAUGUAGUCUAGACAACAAGGUGAAAUGAGACUUGUUUAAACCUGCCUGCUUGCUCUUAUUUGAGUGUCGCUGUGUCCCUGGGUCUUUGCAAAGAAGUUGGUGAAUAAAAUGUUAUAACCAAUGAAGGCCGAAACUAAAACAAAUGAUAUUAACUUAAACGAGGGUUUAGCCUGCUGUGACACAUUGAACAUAAAGGAACAUAAAUGCAGUUAGUUGGCUUUGCCUCUUGUUUGCUUGAAUUAAAUAAGCUAAAAUAGCAGUGACGUCCAGCUGUGGUGGUUUACUUGGUCUAUGUUUGUCUUGUAUUAUACAAAAUAUCUAAUCACCGCUGACAUACGAAAUAUGUGUUUGUGUUGUGUUAAUAUGGUGACUUUCCUUUUAAAAAUGUGAUUUUAAAAUGGCUGUAAAUCUGUUAUUACAUUUCAAAAUGUUACUUGUUCUUCCUGCUUAUGGGCACUAGAUGUCGCCCUUGAGCUACACUAGAAAACUCUCCCUUCAUGUUUGUAGUGAAGUCUGCUGCACUUUGACUGUGUGAGCGUUGGGCAACCAAAUUUCAACCAGGGUCUGUUAAUACUGUUAGUCAGGAGGGGAGUUCUGAUCUUUGAUAUGGAAGUUAGUCUCAUCUCACUUAUCUUGAGAUACUUGGUGCAUACAGACUGUUUAUUCAGUCUCGUGUACCUUGUAUUACACAACACUUUAUGUCUGUGUGAAAUAAAAGUUCUUGCAUGUUUAGUAUCAGGAAAUGUUUGGAACAUUGUACUGUUUUAUAGACCUUUUGUUUCUGCCAGCAAAUUGCUAAUUCUGUGUAAACGGUUGUAUAAGGAUACUUUUAUAGUUUGUACUGUUCAUCAUAAACCACUUAGGCAAUAAAAGUAUUUUACUGGAGAA